AUGGAUGUCAUAAAAUGUGUCUUACCUGAUGGUUUGAUAAAAUCUGAAUCAUUCCUGGAAGACCUGAAUAAUAUUUUGAAUUCUGGAGAUGUCCCUAACGUUUACCAACCUGACGAACUGGAUAAAAUUUAUCAGGGAAUGAAAGGAACGCUACAAGAACUAGGGUUGGCAGCAACGAAAUCCAAUUUGUUUGCGGUUUACCAGAAACAAGUGCGCUCCAAUUUGCAUAACGUGAUUACGAUGAGUCCCAUCGGAGAAAUAUUCAGAGCUCGCUUACGACAGUUUCCGGCUCUUGUCAAUUGCUGCACUAUUGAUUGGUUUAGCCCUUGGCCUGAUUCAGCUCUCCAGUCAGUGGCGUUCCGUUUCUUGAAAGACGUAGAGAACUUGGAGGUUUCCGAGAAAGUUCUCCAGGGUAUCGUUAUUGUGUUCCAGUAUAUGCACGCAAGUGUAGUCGAAGCAAGCGAAAGAUACAAACAAGAGCUUUCCCGCUAUAACUACGUGACUCCAACUUCCUAUCUGGAGCUUUUAUCAAGUUACACUGAACUGAUGAAUAAGAAGAAAGGAUCUCUUACUGAAGGAGUUGGUCGCCUUAAGACUGGACUAGGAAAACUACAGAGUACUUCGGAAGAGGUGAAAAUAUUGCAAAUACAACUGGAAGAAAUGAAACCAGCUCUGGAGAUUGCUGCUCGAGAUGCUGAUAUAAUGAUAAAAAAAAUAGCUUCUGAUACAGUAAUAGCAGAAGAAACAAAAGUCAUCGUUGAAAGAGAAGAAUUCGAAGCAGCAAAGAAAGCUGUUGAAACACAAACUAUCGCAGAAGACGCUCAACGGGAUUUAGAUGAGGCUUUGCCAGCUUUGUUGGAAGCUGAAGCUAGUCUGAAGUCUCUAAACAAAAAUGAUAUAACGGAAGUAAGGUCGAUGAAACGUCCUCCUGCUGGAGUCAUUUUCGUGAUGGAGGCAAUAUGUAUUGUCAAGAAUGUGAAACCAAAUAAGGUACCUGGAAUAAGACCUGGGGAAAAGCUACUGGACUAUUGGGAACCCAGUCGAACUAUGCUUACGGAUCCAGGAGUUUUCUUGACGUCUCUGAUGAAUUUUGAUAAGGAUUCUAUUACCGAAGAUAUGAUAGACAAAUUACAGAGAUAUGUGGAUGAUCCAGCUUUCACACCUGCAAAAAUUUCAAAAGUAUCCAAAGCUUGUACAUCACUAUGUAUGUGGAUCCACGCUAUGUACAAAUACUAUUUUGUCAACAAGGCAGUCGCUCCAAAGAAAGCUGCUCUAGCGAAAGCAAAAGAAGAACUUGCACAUACAGAAAAAGUCCUCGCCGAAGCUAAAGCCAAAAUGAAAGAAGUCUUGGAUGGGCUGGAGAAACUUCAAAUGCAGCUGGCGGCCAAAAUAGUGUUCAAAGAGGAGAAAGAGCAAAGUAUAGCAAUUUGUGAAGAGAGAAUGAACAGGGCGAUACGUCUCAUCAGCGGUCUUUCUGAUGAGAGAGUGAGGUGGAUUGAAACUAUCAAGAAUAUAGAAGGGAGCGUCGUUAAUGUGACAGGAGACAUUCUUAUUUGCUCGGGAUGCGUUGCAUACCUAACCCCCUUCACGGACUCUUACCGAAGGAAACUCUUUGCCGAUUGGAUGGAUCUGAUUUCCACACACGAAAUACCAUUUACCGAAAACUGCAGCCCUGUUACAAUUUUAGGGGAGCCCGUUCAGAUCAGAUUAUGGCAACUGGAUGGCUUGCCGAGAGAUUAUCUGUCAACAGAGAAUGCUGUUCUUGUGUCUUGCUCGAGAAGAUGGCCACUUUUCAUAGAUCCUCAGGGACAAGCUAAUAAAUGGGUCAAAAAUAUGGGUAAAAGUAUGGGCUUGGCUGUUUGCAAAUUGGCAGACAGAGACCUGAUGCGUACCAUGGAGUCUGCCAUUCGUUUCGGAAAGGCGAUUUUGAUCGAAAACGUGGGAACAGAUUUGGAUCCAGCAUUGGAUCCGGUGCUUCUUCGUCAAAUCUACAACCAGAGCGGAACCAUGGUAGUGAAACUAGGAGACGUCGUGGUGCCAUAUGACAACAGUUUCCGCUUGUACAUCACAACGAAGCUGCCCAAUCCACAUUACACACCGGAAGUAUCGAUAAAAGUCUUGCUCGUUAAUUUUACUCUCGUUCCAAGUGGAUUGCAGGAUCAGUUAUUAGCACUGGUCGUUAUGCAGGAACGUCCAGAUCUAGAAGAACAGAGAAGCCAAAUCGUCGUGAGUGUAGCUCAGAUGAAACACGAACUCAAAGAAAUACAAGACAGAAUUCUUCUGAAACUCAGCACAUCCGAAGUGUCUCCUCUAGACGAUCUUGACUUUAUUAUAACCUUAGAAGCUUCCAAAGUCAAAAGUGAAGAUAUCAAGAAUAAGGUUGAGUCUGCAGAAAUAACCCAGAUAGAUAUCGACAAUACAAGGGCUCUCUACAUUCCUGUGGCUAACAGAGCUCAAAUUUUGUUUUUCUGUUUGGCUGAUCUGCCCAAUGUUGAUCCAAUGUAUCAAUAUUCUUUGGAAUGGUUCAUUUCAAUAUUCAUAUCGAGCAUGGCGGAAACGGAAAAAUCUGAACCUCAGACUUCGGACUUGUCGGCUAUGUUCAAGGAAUCAGGACCAACAGUACCGCUUAUAUUCGUCCUUUCGACGGGUACGGAUCCUGCUGCGGAACUAUACAAAUUCGCCGAUAGGAUGAAGUUCACCAAAAGGAUGUUCUCAAUAUCCUUAGGACAGGGUCAAGGACCUAGAGCUGAGAAAAUGAUCCAGAGCGGUGUGGAAGUUGGCUCUUGGGUAUUUUUCCAGAACUGCCACCUUGCUCCGAGUUGGAUGCCUCGACUGGAACGCAUAGUAGAAGCCAUUUCACCGGACGUCGUCCACAGAGAUUUCAGAAUUUGGUUAACCUCAACCCCCUCCCCACACUUUCCAGUUUCCAUCCUCCAAAACGGCAGCAAGAUGACCAUAGAGCCCCCUUCCGGUUUGAAGGCAAACAUGUUGCGAGCUUACAGAAACGAAGUGUCUGACUUGACCGAUUUCAUGCAAUCAGAACAUCCGAAAGCGGCAAAAUUCAAGUUGCUGGUCUUCUCGCUAUGUCUUUUUCACGGGAUACUUUUGGAAAGGAGGAAGUUUGGACCAUUGGGAUUCAACAUUCCCUAUGAGUUCACAGACGGAGAUUUGAAAAUUUGCAUAUCGCAGCUGCAUAUGUUCCUGUUGGAGUACGAGGAGAUACCGUUCAAAGUUUUGACUUACACUGCAGGCCACAUUAACUAUGGAGGGAGGGUGACUGAUGAUUGGGAUAGGAGGUGUUUGAUGAAUAUUCUGGCGGAUUACUAUAAAAUCGAAGUGGUCGAUGAAAAAUACGUUUUCGAUAAGGACGGUUACUAUCAUCAGGUGCCGACCACGACGAUGUUCAUCGACUACAUGGAGUACAUAAAAACCUUUCCGAUAAACGACGACCCGCUACUCUUUGGCAUGCAUCCAAACGCAGACAUAACUUUCGCCCAGUCCCAAACCUACUUAUGUUUAGCGACACUUUUGAAACUGCAGCCUAAACAAGUUGGAGGUGCAGCUGCUAGUCAAGAGGAAGUUACAGCCAAAUCGGCGAGGACGAUAUUAGACCAACUGCCGCACUUAUUUGAUUUGGAAUUUAUAUCCUCCCAGUAA